CCUUCUGACGUCAUCGGGCCGCUCCGCUUCCUGCCGAGUCGCCAGCGGACACACACACACCCACACGCACACACUCACAUACAGAAAACACACACACUCCUACAGGGGAAACACACACAGUCUGCAGCAGCUCCAGAGGAGACGCGGACGUGUCGGGUGGAGUUGUGUUGAGGUUCUCACUCAACAGUACGGCAGACAUCAUGGUGAACAUCCCGGAUUACUUCGCUGGGAAAAAUGUGCUCAUCACUGGAGCCACCGGCUUCAUGGGCAAGGUGCUGCUGGAGAAGCUGCUGAGGUCAUGCCCAGAGGUCAAAACUGUGUAUGUGAUGGUCAGGUCAAAAGCCGGCCAGUGUCCCAAGGCCCGCAUCGAUGACAUGGUCAGCUGCCCGUUGUUUGAAAGGUUAAAAGACGAGCAGCCCGACUUUGCGGUGAAGAUCGUGGCGGUGAGCAGUGACCUCACGCUGCCGGAGCUGGAUCUGAGCAAAGAGGACCAGAGCGUCCUGGCUGAAAACGUCCACAUCGUCUUCCACUGCGCCGCCACCAUCCGCUUCAAUGAGCCGCUCAAAGAUGCGAUGCAGCUGAACGUCCUGGCCACACAGAAGAUGCUGGCGCUCGCCCACAGGAUGAAGCAGCUGGAGAUCUUCCUCCACGUCUCCACCGCCUACGCCAACUGUGACCGAGAGCUCAUCGAGGAAGUCGUCUACCCUCCGCCCGUCGACUACCGGAGACUCAUCGAUACUCUGGACUGGAUGGAUGAUGAACUGGUUUCCACACUGACUCCCAAGCUGAUCGGAGAACGUCCCAACACGUACACCUACACCAAAGCCUUGGCUGAGUAUAUGGUGCAGCAGGAGGCCGGGGACCUGAACGUGGCCAUCGUCAGACCCUCCAUAGUCGGAGCCAGCUGGAAGGAGCCCUUUCCAGGUUGGAUUGAUAACUUCAAUGGACCCAGUGGGAUAUUCAUCGCAGCUGGUAAAGGGAUCCUGCGGACGAUGAGGGCGUCUAACGAUGCUGUGGCUGAUCUGGUUCCUGUGGACGUGGUCAUCAAUGCCACGCUGGCUGCAGCCUGGUUCUCUGGAUCACAAAGGUGCAGAAGACCUAAAAACAUCAUGGUGUACAACUGCACGACCGGCGGGAUCAACCCGUUCCGCUGGGGGGAAGUCGAGUACCAUGUAAUAUCCACUUUCAAGAGGAACCCCCUCGAGCAGGCCUUCCGUCGGCCACAUGUUAAUCUCACAUCCAAUCACCUAAUCAAUCAGUACUGGAUCGCCGUGAGCCACAAGGCUCCGGCGUUCCUCUAUGAUCUGUAUCUCAGGCUGAUGGGACGAGAGCCCAGGAUGAUGAAGACGAUCACCCGCCUCCACAAAGCCAUGAUGGUGUUGGAGUAUUUCACCAGUCACACCUGGGUGUGGAACAACGACAACGUGGGCAUGCUGUUGACCCAGAUGAGCCCCGAGGACAAGAAGAUGUUUAACUUCGACGUGCGGCAGCUGCAUUGGGCUGAAUACAUGGAGAACUACUGCAUGGGCACCAAGAAGUACGUCCUGAACGAGGAGCUGUCCGGACUCCCUGCUGCUCGCAAGCACCUGAACAAGCUCAGGAACAUCCGCUACACCUUCAACACCGUCCUGGUGGUGUUCAUCUGGCGCGUGUUCAUCGCCCGCUCCCAGAUGGCCCGAAACAUCUGGUACUUCGUGGUGAGCCUGUGCUUCAAGUUCCUCUCCUACUUCAGAGCCUCCUCCACCAUGAGAUAGUGAGCCGGGGGACGCGGCGGCGGCGGCGGCCGGGGCGAAGGCGGCGGCUGGCGAGGUGGAGGGACGAAGACGAGAAGAAAACCCUGGAGCUCGGCCUGUAGAAUGGUUCCACCCAGUGUUUCCUCCAACACUCUGAAGAUGAACUGGAUCCAUUCAAACACCAGGGACACAGAUGGAGCCACUGGACGAGCCUCUGAUAUCUCAGAUAAUCUCCUCAGAGGAUUUAUCUCACAAUGUCGCAGACUAACAGCACUUGGACUAGUUUAAGAACCAGGAACUCUCUGAUCCGGUUCACAUUCACACUCUGUGGCGCCAGCUUUACUCCGGAGCACUUCCUGUAACCCCCCCGCUCGCCUGGCUGCAACCUGAAGCUAUGCACUGGAUGAGGCUCUGCUGCAAGAAGCCUGCGCUGGUCCUGAGUCAGUCCAGACAUUGUGGCUGUGCCGUAGGUUUCUUCUCUAAACGUAGUCUAACCCGCUUCCCCUGCUGCGUGGGUCGCAACUCCCUCACUUAUAUUUUGUAUCUGCCUGUAAGUUUGUGUUGAGGGUCUUGUCAGUGUCAAAGAAAUGUUUUCAAAACCUGUUUUCAAAAAAAACGUAUAAGAAAGAAAGAGGCUCAGGAUGAACCGCUCGGUUUCUGGUGGACGUUGAAGAUGACGGAUUGUUUCUGAACCAACUCGGUGAAUGUUUGUUCGGGAACAGGCCGGCUUAGCGAUCGUAGAUUAAUCUGUCAUCAUCCUCAAAACCAAAGUCUUUCCACCCAUUGUUCACGUUUCGGUCUCGUUUACUCAGACGACAUCUUAUCAACAGUUGUCGUUGGUCGUCUUUCCUUCUUCCUGCUUUGCAAACACUCGGCUUCGUGUCUGAAAGUCAUUAGUGACGACUCCUUUCUUGCCAAAGACUCGUAGCUCGGUGGAGGAGGAGCCCGGCGGAGUCGAGUGGAGGAGUCUCGUCACGUUCGGCUUCUUUUUUUCUCGUUUUAUGCUUUGAAAUGUGAACUGUCAUCAUCUCAAGUCGCAGCCAGAACACAUUCAUGUUGACUCCUCGCGUUCUCUCUUAGUAAACCACAUUUCACAUGGCUCUGACUGUCGCUUGUCUUCUUUGUGAAUUUGAUUUUGAACUAUGGAGCAGGUUUUUCAGGAUUCUUCAUCUUUCUGUUGCCUUCUUUUUUCCUUCUCACUAAAAACCCUUUCAGAAAAGAACUGGCAACGUGAGCUGAGAGUCGAGCAUCAUUCAUCUCCGUGUUUCCACAGGAAUCUGUCUUCAGUGCCAUAUGAAGUCUGAGGUGAACACACCUGAGGUUUACCUGUGCACAUGUUUCUACUUCCCACACACACGAUGUUUGAAGACGAGGGGUGUGACUGUGUGUCGGUUCUUUUCCUCCUCUCUUUAUUCCAGAGCUUUUGGAUCGAGAGCAGCACUCGUUGAUUUCACGUUCAAAACCCUGCGCUCUCACUCAAAAAGCUCAAACUGCGCUUGCACUCAGAUAUUUAGUUGCUUGGACAGAUUCCAUGUGCUCCAGCUUCAGCUUCAGCUCGGCUCCUUGUGCUCACGUUGCUUCUGUGUGCUCGUGAAACGUCUGCUCUGGGAUUUCUCCUCUUGCUUCAGUGCAAACAGGUCUAACCAAGAGAUGCCAGGUGAAGUGAUGACAAAUGAACUCGCUCACCCUCUAGUUGUGGGUGCGUUUGCUGAGUGUGUAAAUAAAGAGGAUGAGAGCUGUUAAAACUACAACUUAUAAAAGUAAAGCUAACACAGCUAUAAUGAGGGGUGGGACUGUUUCAUUUGUCAACACUACACCCGGCAUUCUAUGGGUUGGCUUGUUGCACGAAUAAGAUCCAAGAGCAGAGGAGCAAAUGAUUUACACCAGCGUAGAAGCAGCUUGAGCUCGAGGAGCUGAGCUGAAGCUGGAGCAGAGCUAAUCCAAGCACAUGCAGGGAUUUGAGUG